GCCAAGCUAGGCUGAGACUGCAGAGCCGGGAAGUAGCGCUGCUGCUGCUGCUGUGUCCUUACAAGUUGGGGGAGGGAGGACAAGUGCACGCACUUUGUAAGAAGAAUAAGAAAUAAGAUUAUUAUCUGGAGGGAAGUGUGCCCGUGUGCCUGGCGCUGCUGCUGCCGCUGCUGGUGUGAGAUGCGCUGCACAAACUUCCCGUCCCCAGUCUCACCCUCACCAUUGUGUCAUCUGUGCUGCUGCUGCUGCUGGGGGAGGACGCCGGGCGCCAGCAGGCACUUUUAGGGAAGGAGCGGAGGGGAUGUCAUGCGGUGCAAUGUGACCUGGCUUUCUCCCUGGCCCGACUCGUUAAGAUGAAGAUCCAUGGCGAAUGGGACUGGAAGUAGCAUGCUAAAAUGCGUGGUGGUGGGAGAUGGGGCGGUGGGCAAAACUUGUCUGCUCAUGAGCUAUGCCAAUGAUGCCUUCCCAGAGGAGUAUGUGCCCACAGUGUUUGACCACUAUGCAGUCAGCGUUACCGUUGGCGGCAGACAGUACCUCCUGGGUCUUUACGACACUGCCGGACAAGAAGAUUAUGAUCGCUUGAGACCGCUGUCUUAUCCCAUGACCGACGUCUUCUUGAUCUGUUUUUCCGUGGUAAAUCCGGCCUCGUUUCAAAAUGUGAAGGAGGAAUGGGUUCCUGAGCUGAAGGAGUAUGCCCCAAAUGUACCUUUCUUGCUGGUGGGCACCCAGAUCGACCUCCGAGAUGAUCCCAAGACUCUAGCAAAACUAAAUGAUGUGAAGGAAAAACCCAUUAAUGUUGAGCAAGGGCAUAAGCUAGCCAAAGAGAUCGGGGCAUACUGCUACGUGGAGUGUUCGGCUUUGACGCAGAAAGGACUGAAGUCUGUAUUUGAUGAGUCAAUUAUAGCUAUACUAACUCCAAAGAAGAACCUUAUGAAGAGGAGAAUAGGCUCGAGAUGUAUAAACUGCUGUCUGAUCACGUGAGACACACGCAUGGCUCCCGUGAGAACACAUGGUACGAGUUACUUGCACCACAGCUGCACAAAGAUUUUAUUGUCUCGAUUUGCAAAUACAACAUUGGCAGCAACACACUGGGGACAUGAUUGUUCAUGGAUUCUUCUGAUGGAAAGUUGCAGGUUCUCUUGUCAUAAGUUAUAUAGGAACCACAUGUGUGCAGCGUGGUGACUGCUCCCCAAGUCUCACUGCAUCGAAGCUGUGGCCAUCUGCUCUUAUCUGCUUUUGUAUGUGAGAUGUUUCCUGUUCCAGUAAAUCCAGAAUGGUGCGAGCAGGAGACCUGCCAAGUACCCCAAAGUAGCACCCAGUGAGCAAGAGAUGGGCCAUACCUGCAGGAAGCAAGGAAAUGAGGUCAUCAGUGCAAUGGCAGGAAUAAGUUUUACAGAAAGUGAUUAUAUAUACACAGGCCGUCUGCCAGACAGACGUAUUCUGCACACACUCAUUUAAAUAAUAGCCUGCAGUGAAAAUAUGCUUCCCACCUCAAUUAAGGCAAUUUACUGGAUACUUUAAAAGGUUCGAAAUGCAUCCUGUGGUUUUUUGUUUGAGGAUUUAUUUUUUUGUAUUAAGGAAAAAAUAUAAUCACUAAAACUGAAAUACAAGUCGCUUGGCAUAAUAAAAGUUCCUGAAGUUAUUACAACUGAUAUACUGGAAAACACAACAUUAAAUGUAAUGUGGAGGGGACACAGGCAACAUUGUCAGACUUGCGUUUCCACUGCGGAUCAUGCUUUCCAGUGGUGGUGUGCCUCCCGCAUUGGGCAUGACCUGGCAGAUGGGGGCUCCCCCAGCUAGAAAUACAUCAGAUUAAUCUGUGCCGACAUGAUGAAGUCAAGGAGAAAUACCUCACACAGGAGCGCUGAAGAUGCUGCAUUCAGCAGUCUCCAUUCACUUCUAGGAUUGUGUCCAAACAGAGCUACACGGAUCUUAGCAUACAUUAGGAUUACAUAAGAGAUGCACCUAUAUAAAAGCAUUCAUCAUCUGGAGAUGCUAUGUCUCUUGAGGGUUGCUACCAUUAAGUCAUGUAGUAAAUAUAAUUAGUGGUGCCGCUAUGGUAGUGACAGCUGAAAUAGAUAUACUGUAUAUGUAGUGUUAAUGAAAGAGGGCCUAGCUGCAUUUAUCCAAAGAAAACGGUUCCAUAUCUAUGGGCAAAGCCACAAUUAGUUAUAAUGGCUCAAGUGACGUCUCAAUCCCGGAGCUCCUAGGGUCUUUUCAAAAAUAAAAAUCAGUAAACCUUCAAGCUAUGAUUUAUAGCUAAUAUCGCACAUUCUCUCCACAUUAUGCUGCCUGAGGUGGUCUUACCCCAGAGCAGCCAAGCAUAAUAACCAGUCUGAAAUGUCUUCUUUUGGUCUUUAUACGAAAAUGGGAGUAGGUGCCGAUCCUGCAGUGUAUAACCACAGUAUAGUGCACAUCAAUCUGAACAACAUCUGGACCACCUUUUGAUAGAAAAUCAUAAUCUACGGCUUUGGGCUCCACACUGCAGCCCUGUACAACAGUACAUAAAAACAGAUGGAGUGUAAAAAUUUAUUUUUUUAGCAUCUGACAGUCCAUGUAACACUAUUAAAAAUAUGACUUCAGGGCACAAGCCUCUCCCGCAGGAAUAAAAACUUCCAGAUCUUGACUUGACGUCAAAGUUCCACUUAACAUCCAUUUCCUUGUGAGGUUUCUAAAGUGUAGUAAUCCCAAGACAGAAGCCUGUAAGCAUUCUUUUUAGCGCUGUCUCCAGCUUUUUUUUUUUAGGAGCCAUAGCUGUUUCAAAUAGGCUCAGCACCCUGGGAGGUUAGAAGGAUAAGGAUAAUUGACUGUGGAACGUACACCUGGCUUAAUUGCUCAGUCAAGUAUAAGGGUUUUAACAAGAAGAAAAUAAAAACCACCACCCAGAAAGAGUGCUCACAUUUUACAUAUUAAAUAUUGGGACAAAACAUACAGUAUAAGCAGAAAUUCAGUAAAUAGUUAUUCAGCCUCUAGAAUAUGCAGGAUUGGAACUGCAGAAGCUGUAGGUACUUCUCGCCUAUAGGUCUAGUGAAACACAUAGUUGAACCAGUGUUACAUUUUGUGUACACAAGUUAGGGUAACAGAAACUGACCUUUGCCACUAGGUGACAGUCUUUCUUCUUACAGUACUGAGCGCACAAAUUGGUUUUCCGAAAAAAAUGGAAUGUUACUAUGUAAGCCUUUUUAAGUGUGCGUGGAAGGCCGGCUAUUACACAUACCGACUAAUAUUCAAAAGCAUUCAUCGUAUCUCUUCACCAGAAACUGGUGCUUCAGUGAGAUCAUUAGAGAAAUGGUAAUAAGUACACUCUAAGGGGCCCUACACACUGGCCGACCCGCUGCUGAGCUGCCCGACGGCGGAUACGGCCGACGAGCGUCCCCCGUCUGCAUUGAAGUGCAGGCAAAUAUGGACGAGAUCGUCCAUAUUGGCCUGCAUGUACAGCCAACGGGGGACCAGCGCUGAACGAGUGCAGGGCCGCGCAUCGUUCAUCGCUGGAGCCUCCACACUCAAAGAUAUUAACGGUAUCUCGUUCAUAUCUUUGGCUGAUGUCGGCCAGUGUGUAGGGCCCUUAAGGCAGACAAAAAUAAAGCAAUUUCAGGUUGGCUCAUAGAUGGUCAAUUUAAAAUUGUAUUUAGAGAAUGGACUAGUUGUAGUUUACGUGAGUUUGUAGACCAAGCUUAAAUGCUAUUUCUUCCUCCUAUGUCACAAGCGUAUUUAUACUUUUUUUUUUUUUUUACUUGCAAGUGUGCGAGUUAGCACGGCAGACAAACAACAAAUUGGGCAUGAUUCAAUUAUUAUAGCCACCAGCAACCAGUAGAUGGCAUCCAUCGGAGAUAUUCACUUGUUGUGCCAUUUGGGACUGAUCAGCUGUCGGAACCUGCAUUUCAGCUUGCACCCACUGGGGGGAAAGGUGAGCUGAAAUAAGUGAAAAAGUGACCAAACAGGACUUCGGUCAGGAUUAAACCCAACCUCUAUGGGUGCUAUAAGCGCUUUAUACGGGAUUAGGGGCGAUAAACAACUGCAACUCACAUAGGAUUUUGCAACCAAAUGCAAAAAUUAGUUCGAGAUGCAAGAUUUAGGAGGAUAAUCUAAUGAACAUCAACUCUUGGAGAUUCGGCCCUCUUUAGAGGAGCAAUUAGUUUAGAGUAGAGCUUUUAUUAGGGUGGAACCAAAUAUUUGCACAGCCCCAGAAAAGCACAUUUAAAUGCACAGAGUAUAAACACAGUCCCAGUGUCCCCCUUGCUCUGUCUAAACUAGCAGCAUAGUUCGAGAAAAGGGCGAUGUAAUUAAGGUAAGUGAUCAGACAGUAACGGUUUACUUUUUGUGCUCUCCUAUAUUUGCAAAAUGUCCAAAAGGUUUCGCUCUAAACAUCAGAAUGAGGAAAGCAAGCACUAGCUUAUGUGCGCAAGAGGCGUAAAGCACAGUGGUAAGCAACACAGCAUUUUGUAAUGGGUCUUAGUGUCCUUAUUUCAGUUAUGUGGCACAGCACCAGAGGGGGUCACUUGGAUUUACUAGGACAGUGCUGCAGAAAUGACCUAGAAAGAUUAUUAUACCAGUGUGGCUUUUUUGUAUAGCUGCAUUUUAUAUGUAGUUCCAUGUUGUAGAUUUGAAAACUAAACGCUUCCGUUGAUAUGAUCCUAAUUUUCUAUUGGAUAACUGAGAGGGCACUUUUUAUAUUGUUCAUUUUACAUUCAAAUGUUGAGAGACACUGUGGUUAUUUGAAGACUGCAAAACUGGACGGCAAGAGAAUGGAUAUCAUGAACACUUUUCCACAGACAUGAAUAGCAUACAAAUGAUAUAGAUCAGGGGAUCUCAAACUCGGUCCUCAGGACCCCACACAGUGCAUGUUUUGCAGGUAACCCAGCAAGUGCACAGGUGUAUUAAUUACUCACUAACACAUUUUAAAAGGUCCACAGGUGGAGCUAAUUAUUUCACUUGCGCUUCUGUGAGGAGACCUGGAAAACAUGCACUGUGUGGGAUCCUGAGGACCGAGUUUGAGAACCUGUGAUAUAGAUAAAAUGUAGUAUUUUGUAACGUGAAGGCUCUGCAAAGCAGCCAUCGCCAAUAUGGAGGCAGCAACUUUGCCUAGAGCUGAGGUAUAGUACAUGUCUUGUUGAAAUGUGCAUCACUUAUUUACACACAAGCAAGGCACAAUCUCAAUGCAAGCCUCUGCACAACUUGAUCAUGCCAAUGUGCCUCAGUCGUUCUAUGGAGCAACAAUUGCUGAUGUGAUAAGCAUAGCUCAUUUACCCAUGCCUAAUAAACCUGUGUAGUAUUUAUUACAA